CAUAUGCUGAGGGUGUUGCCGCGGGAGCUGCAGGCCUGGCUGCAGGAGCACCUGCCUGAAAGCAGCGAAGAGGCCGCAUCCCUGGUGGAAGGCUUGACCCAGAGUCUCCGGGACAGUGAUUUCCAGAUUCCGAGUGACAAUGGGGAGAACUCUCACCAGGAUAUGUUUGAAGGCGCUGACUCCCCUGAGAUGUUCCCAGACAUGCCUGAGGGGGAAAGCAUCCAGCAGUCAGACUGGGACAGUGUCCUGGAGAGGGACUGUGGCUCCAGAGGCUCCCGAGGACACAUCCCAGGUACAGACCAUCCGGAACUGCACUCCCAGGGCAGGGAAGCUGCACAGCUCAUCGGCCUGCAGGGCACCUACUUGGGUGAGAAGCCCUACGAAUGCCCGCGCUGUGGGAAGACCUUCAGUCGGAAGUCCCACCUCAUCACGCACGAACGGACCCACACGGGAGAGAAACACUACAAGUGCGACGCCUGUGGGAAAAGCUUUAGCGAUGGCUCCAACUUCAGCCGCCACCAGACCACUCACACUGGGGAGAAGCCUUACAAAUGCAGGGACUGCGGGAAAAGCUUUAGCCGGAGCGCCAACCUGAUAACCCACCAGCGGAUCCACACGGGGGAAAAGCCCUUUCGAUGCACCGAGUGCGGCAAGAGCUUUAGCCGGAGCCCCAAUCUCAUUGCCCACCAGCGGACUCACACGGGCGAGAAGCCCUACUCCUGCCCCGAGUGUGGGAAGAACUUCGGCAACCGGUCCAGCCUCAACACGCACCAGGGCAUCCACACGGGCCACAAGCCCUACGCGUGUCGCCAGUGCGGCGAGAGCUUCAGCUACAACUCCAACCUCAUCCGACACCAGAGGGUCCACACCGGGGAGAAGCCCUACGCUUGUCCUGACUGUGGACAGCGGUUCAGCCAGAGCUCGGCCCUCAUCACCCACCGGAGGACUCACACGGGGGAGAGGCCCUACCAGUGCGCUGAGUGCGGGAAGCGCUUCAGCCGCAGUUCCAACCUGGCCACGCAUCGGAGGACGCACCUGCUGGAGAAGCCCUACAAGUGUGGCCAGUGCGGGAAAGGCUUCAGCCAGAGCUCCAGCCUCCUGGCCCACCAGGGCACGCACACCGGGGAGAAGCCCUACGAGUGCCCCAUCUGUGGGGACAGCUUCAGCUGGAGCUCCAACCUCAUCAAGCACCAGCGGCUUCACACGGGGGACAGGCCCCACGCGUGCAGCCAGUGUGGGAAGCGCUUCAGCCAGCGCUCCCAGCUGGUGGUGCACCAGCGGAGCCACACGGGCGAGAAGCCCUACUGCUGCCUCCUGUGUGGCAAGAGCUUCAGCCGGGGCUCCAUUCUGGUCAUGCACCAGCGGGCCCACCUGGGGGACAAGCCCUACCGCUGCCCCGAGUGUGGGAAAGGCUUCAGCUGGAAUUCUGUCCUCAUCAUCCAUCAGCGCACCCACACGGGUGAGAAGCCCUACAAAUGCCCCGAGUGCGGUAAAGGCUUUAGCAACAGCUCCAACUUCAUUACUCAUCAGAGAACGCACAUGAAAGAGAAACUGUUCUUAAGUGGCAAAGAGGCACCGUGAGGGGCCAGCGUGAGGCCAGCACUGGCUGCCACCCUCAAACCGGGGGAGUACUGCCAUCCUUCCCUGCUUCUUUCCAGUGAGUGAAGCAGGCAUCAAAUCCUGUGCAUCCUCAUGGCUCCAGACUCGCUUAUCAGGGUUCCGAGUUAAAACACUGAGAACAAAGCAUGGGGAUGGUAGGUGGGAAAGUGGGUCCCUUUCUGUUACUUGAUUAUGCAGAUCCCAAGUUCUGUCUCGUGGCUUUUGUGUACCAAGAUUAUUUUUGUAAGGAAGAGUUGAUUCUGAGAACACUUUUUCUCCCUAGAGCGUUUUGAAAAGACGUUUGAGCUACAACAAUUACCUUUGAUCCUGGGAUGUUCCCUGAGCCUUGAGAUAGGAGAGAUAGGUCUGAUGGUGGGAAGGG